AUGAAUUGGGAGCAUAGGGACAUCCUGGGUCAUACAGAUCCCGAUACCAUCAAUGGCAAUGACUACCAAGACUCCCUCAAACAACCAAAGUUAACUUCUUUCCCAAAUCAACAACCACUUACUUCCUGUCGCCUUGAGGUCACAGAUGAUUCCUUCCAGAAAGCAAUUGAUGUUCUCAAGAUAACGUUUCCUCGAAUGCGUGUAAUUGAUUUCAAAAUCGAACAUGCUGAGUGGCCGCAGCAUCCACCAACCUUCGGGUCCAGAUGGCAAUUGGCGAAGAUUUUUGUCAGCAAGUUUACCAUAAUCAAUCCAGGGGCCGGAGAACAUCUUAAGAAGCGUUCCAUUAAAGCUUAUGGUUACACAUUCUUUGAGAACAAUCAGAGACUUCGAGAAAUUGGAACACACCUUCUUGCUUCGAUUGUUUCCCUUGCUAUCAUGAAAAGAACUGAGGAUUUCAGUGCUGCUGUCAUGGCUGCGGCCAUGAACAAAUUUCGAAGCAAAGACGUCUUGUCUGCUCUCGCGUAUGUCUACGGGCUCGACCAGUUCCUCCUAACCGGAACAACUUCAACAGGCGAACCACGACAGUUGGAUCGCAACAUGCUCGCUGACUGUUUUCUCGCCCUUGUGGCCGCAAUCUAUCAGGACAAUGGAUGGGAGAUCAUGAAUGAAUGGCUUGAGGAUUUGAUCCUCCCUGUCUUGUCGCUCGUUUUAGAGUGUCAAGACGUCAAGCACACGUAUGACAAGCACCAAGGAUACGCUAUGGCAGCAGCAGCCAAGAAUUUGGACACGUCCGCAGUCCCACCCUCUCCCCAGCCCCCUAUCCCGCCCUCACCCAAUGCUGAGGCCCCGCCGAAGACGCCAAAGACCCAACCCCACACACCGGGGAAGGGAAAACAAACUCCAGUUCUGGAUGCCUGGAUGGAGCUUUACCUUCCAGGCCAAAAAGUCAUCUCCGUUUCUGAGAUAAAGAACCAUGUAGAGAUCUGGGCCGGGGAGGCGUUAUUAACCACGGCUUCGGGGAAAUCGAAGGCCGAGGCCGAAAAGAAUGCCAUUGAAGUGGCGUUAAAGAAGCUAGAAGCGGCAGAGAGUUCAACGACAGAAGUGGAGGAGGAAUGUGAGGGGGAGAAUGACAAAGAAGAGGAGAAGAAAGAUGAUGAUGAUGACAAUGUAGAGGUUCCAAUCGACCUCUCACAGUAUACUUACCUAGAGGACGGGGAGGGGGGGGAGCCGGAAGAAGGGGAUAUAUUUGAAGGGGGGAGCAAGUUCACUAGGAUGGAGGAGUGGGAGCACGAUAAGAAGGAAGGGAGGAAAAAUAAGAGGAAGACGAAGGAGCCGAAGCGGUGGGGAUCUGUAUCCCCAAAAUUCCAUAAGGGAGAGGAGGAGGAGGAGGAAGGGAAGAAAGAAAAGAGAAAGGCUGCUGAGGCUGCAACUGAAGAGAAGGCCCCCAAAAAAAAGAAGACAGGAAAGGGCCCGAAGAACCCGAAGGGACAAAAUGGAGGGAAGGGGGGGUAA